UGAGAUUUGAUCUGAAAAAUUUUUUCUGUUCCCCAAACUAUUUCAUGUUAUGAACAGAGUGUACCAUGUGCGAAAGUUUUUUUUAAAUCACGUUGUUUACAAGGAACGUCAAGGCGAGGAGGGGGAAGUAACGGAAAUAUGCAGAUAAAUGCUAGAACGCGCCAAUAGGAUCUUGCUAGUUCGUGAUAGGCUCUAACCACCUCUUUCCUUGUUCUGCCCACUAUGACUAAUUUGUUCCCAUUGGAAACAACAGGCUGUGUCUAUCUUGGUCUAGUUAUAACAAAUCUUUGCUAAAGUCAUUCCCAAAAAACAACAGCACUUCCGGAAACAAACCUACGGAUCUGGCAGUGGGACAAUCUACACUACGCUCCUCUCUGGAGAGAUGUCUUUAUUUGAACAAAACCUUUGCAUGUUCUCACGUUGACUGUAAAAAAGGUUGAAAAUAUAAUCCGGCUAUUUUUAUAAAAUGGUGUAAAAUAUUUACAGGAAAUCUACACACCACUCAGUGCGUCACACAAAGCACUGUGUGCCGUGUCCAUAGAAGAAGAAGCCAUGUUCUGAUCAAUCUUGUAAGUUAUAUUCGAAAUAAUAAUCGAUUGUACAUGUAUAUGAGUGUUGGUUGAAGAUGUCUGCCACCCACAUGUCGAACGAAGGGUUUCAAAUUCAGUUCGCCUCUGUUAUGGAGAGUGUAUUGAAUACUGCAGUCACCGAGACAAUUAAACUUUUCGAAACAACUAUUGAGGAACUGAGAGCCGAAAUAUCCAGAAUAAAAAAGGAGAACAAGGACCUCAAAUCGAGGCGUCGAUCCCAUGAAAUAACGAAGAGAUGGACCGGUGAAAGUGAACGCCAAAACCACCGAGCCCAGACCGAGUCAAAGUGCAACACGUAUCGGAAAAUGUGACAUCGGCGUUCAAUGCGGUGAGUUCUGACAAAGCAGGCUUUACCUCGGGCUGGGGAGCAGCACCUGCGGGAGGAGGACCAGGGGACUGAGCUGCACUGUGGAGCGUAUGACGAGGAGGGCAACCCACAGAUGGCCUUUGUUCUGAUCAAACAGGAGGUGGACUGGGAGGCAGACUAUUCUGAUGACUACUCCCCUGGGUACAUACUGCUGAAGAAGGAGGGGGGCAGGCCCCCGACUCUGGUCCGCAGACAACCUCUCAGAGAGUUACCAGGCAGAGCCCUGGUUCCUCCUGGAGCCGUCAGGGCCCUGAUCAACCGUUACACCCAGGAAAGGCCUCCCACCACCCAGUCUACCUCAGGAGCCGCAGCGGCCGUCUUCCAGGGAGAUCCAGACACCCAGGAGGCCCCCCAGGCUCUCAGCCCAUCCCAGCCCAGGACCAGAGAGGUUACCAGUGGUAGUGCAGGCCAGUCCCCUGGAGCAGAACAGCAGUCACUGGUAAGACCAGCAGCAGAGUCUCCAUCAACAUUACACCAGACAGCAUCUCCUCAAUCAGCAGCCACUAUCCAGUCUACAUCACCUGUCCUGUCUGCUGUAUUGGUCCAGUCCACGGUAACUACUCUGUCAAAAGAAACUGUCCAGUCGACCCUAACGGUGAAGUCGACAGCAGCAGCGUCAGAGCGCCUGCCACCUGUCCUCUACGGGUUACCCAGAACCCCUCUUCAGGAUACACAGCCCAGCCCCGUACCCCCUCGUCCACCCCAAUCAUCCCCAUCGCAGUCCUUCACAGACGUUCUACCUGUAGCUCGUCCAAUAGCAGUGCCCUCAACACAAUCAGCUAGGCCUACAGGACCACCGGCCGCACCACCAACACAACCGCAACCGCCUACAGUUUUGGAGCAGUUGGGUGUUGCAACAUCACUAACACCAUCGGUCCAGUCCGCUCCUUCUCCAACUGUGUUGACAGAACCUGCCGGCCCCCCUGAAAAGCAGGCGCCGUUGGUCACUGAUCAUGUGCAACUCUCCCCCACUGUGCCACGACUGAAGUCACCUGCUGUCCCAGAGAGGAUGUCUGAUGAAGCUCCUCCUCAGCUGUCAGACCCUGCUGUAACUACACCCUCUUGCCCCUUUCAAAUGUCUAAGACACAGUUUUUAGCUCAGUUGUCAGUAGUACCCCAAGUACGCGCCCUGCCGUGGUUGGAGGAAGAGGAGGAGGAAAAAGGGGGGGAGGAAGAUGAAGGGCAGGAAGAUGAGGGAGGGCUUUCUUCCCUCCCUGCCACGUCUACGGAAGCUGUGACAACCAGGUCUGUCGCUACGGAGACGACCCCCGCCAGCGAGAAAAAGGAGAUUGUUGUCCAGGUAGGUGGUGGCAGAAAGUCAAGUCAACGUGAAGCGCUCCUCUCUGGUCUCCGCCUCCGCUUAAGGCCCUGCCCCCAGAACAAUACUCCAUCUCCAGUGGUUGCUAAGAAACCCAGAGAAGAGGGAACCGCCCCCCGGUACCAUACCAGCUCCAACAGGCUCCGCCGAAAAGUCUCGCCAAAAACCAGUGUGCAGACUGCGGUCGUGUCCUGAGCAGCGCCGCUUCUUUAGAGAGUCACGCCUCCCUCCACAUGGGGAAGCGCCCGUUCGUCUGCUCAGCCUGCGGCAAGGACUUCCCCAACCUCAAGGGCCUCAACCGCCAUGACCGCGUCCAUGGCGACCAGUGUCCGCAGUGCAGCAAGACCUUUGUCUACCGCUUCGGCCUGACUAAGCACGAGCAGAUGGUCCACAGCGGCGUGCGCCCGUUCAUCUGCCCGAUCUCUGGCAAACGCUUCGCCAUUCGGCGCGACAUGGAGACGCAUCUCUGUGUUCACACUGGAGAGAAACCAUUUGCCUGCUCCCUCUGUGUGAAGCGGUUCAAGAGGCGUGUGGAGCUGAAUGUUCACCUGAGGUGGCACAACGGGGAGAAGAGACACUGGUGCUCGUACUGCGGGAAGGGCUUUCUGGAUUACAAUAAUCUGAAGAGGCACAAACUGGUCCACACUGGGGAGAAACCUCACACCUGCUCUGAGUGUGGCAAGCACUUCAAACAGACUGGCCAUCUGAAGAAACACCUGAAGACAAUACACAAAGACAGAUAGAGAGGACAGGGGACGAGCCUUUAAUGGCACCCUAUUCCCUAUAUAGUGCACUAUGCAGGCUCUGGUCAAAAGUAGUGCACUAUAUACGAAUAGGGUGUAUAGAAGGGAAUAAUAGACAUUCUCCAUUUGUCAGUUCAAAACACAGCCAUAUAGGUUUUAAUGGGAUAUUGUGUGUAGUUUGGUGAGAAAAAAAAUACAUUUAAUCCUUUUUUAAUUCAAUCUUGAAUUCUCACAGUGAUUAAUGACGCAGGGAUCUCAAUCUAUUCUCACAGUGGCCGGGAAGGACUUGUUAUUUUAUGUUUUUCUGUACUGAUUGAUUACAAGAGUCAACGCUUUGGUUGCGUAAACAUUUGGGGCUACUUUUGUUGUUUAAAGGUUCAUGCUGCGAGAGAAUGACGUACCUAAGUGAUAGCGUAGUGUAAAAAAAGAACGACGUAGCUAAGUGAUGACGUAGUGUAAAAAAAGAACGACGUACCUAAGUGAUAGCGAAGUGUAAAAAAAGAACGACGUACCUAAGUGAUGACGUAGUGUAAAAAAAGAACGACGUACCUAAGUGAUAGCGAAGUGUAAAAAAAAAUGACGUACCUAAGUGAUAGCGAAGUGUAAAAAAAGAACGACGUACCUAAGUGAUGACGUAGUGUAAAAAAAGAACGACGUACCUAAGUGAUAGCGAAGUGUAAAAAAAGAACGACGUACCUAAGUGAUAGCGAAGUGUAAAAAAAUUAUGACGUACCUAAGUGAUAGCGAAGUGUAAAAAAAGAACGACGUACCUAAGUGAUAGCGAAGUGUAAAAAAAGAACGACGUACCUAAGUGAUAGCGAAGUGUAAAAAAAUAAUGACGUACCUAAGUGAUGACGUAGUGUAAAAAAAGAACAACGUACCUAAGUGAUAGCGAAGUG